AUGGACCCUCAAUGUCGUUUAAAACCUUAUCCAGGACAAGUUGCGCUGUUCAUUCACCCUGGAAAUUUAACUGUUGCAGAAUAUGAACAGGAGCAGAAAAGAAAACAAAAAGAGGAUUUGCAGAGAAAAAGUGAAUUGGUUGGUUAUGUGAUGGGAGGUGUGCUUGUUGGAUGUAUUCUGAUAGUGAUUGUUGUGGGAAUUGUUGGAUAUUUAUGGUAUCAAAGAAGAUGGAUCAAUUAUCUACGUCAAGAAAGCAAACCUUCGUCCUUGGAGGAACAUCAUGAAAUGUAUGAGGAAAUACAUUCUCAAAAGGUCGAUCGAAUGGAAUUGAGUGACGAAUAA